AUGGCGGGACCGACCACACAGGAGCCCGUGAAGACCCAGCAGAAGUGCAUUGCCAUCUUCGCCCUCCUCUGCUGCCUUGCUGUGCUGGUGGCGCUGAUCUUCUCAUCAGUGGACAUUUGGGGGGACAGUGAGGAUGGUAUCACAGAGGAGAACUGCAGCAGAGACUGCCGCAUCGUGCUUGUGGAGAACAUUCCAGACGACCUAUCUCUCCCCAUGGAAGGCACACCCCACCUCCCUCUCUCUGUUGGCUUUCACACACUGUUGGACCAGGCAAAGCACUCAGUUGAGGUGGUGUCACCUGUCUGGGACUUAAACCCCUGGGACCUGGAAACAAUGCCAAACACUGCCAAACAGGGUCGGCUUUUGUUCGAGAGGCUGCUCAGCCUGAAAUCUCGUGGGGUUAAACUGAAGAUUGCCAGCGGUCUGACUAACUCCGCUGAACUGAAGACCUUGGCAGCGCACAAUGCAGAGGUUCAUUUUCUUAAUAUGACAGCUCUUACCAGAGGAGGACUCCACUCCUCAUUCAUGAUAGUGGAUCGGAAGCACAUUUACAUCGGGAGCGCUGAUAUGGACUGGAGGUCACUCUCCAAGAGAAAAGAACUGGGGGUGGUGGCGUAUAACUGCAGCUGUCUGGCUCUUGACCUCCACCGAGUCUUUUCGUUUUACUGGCAGCUCCAUGAGAGGGACUACAUCCCCUCCAUCUGGUCAAAGAGAGUUACAGCCCUCUAUGGGAAGCAUGAGGCCCUGGAGCUCCAGCUCAACACUACCCAUGCCACUGCUUAUGUGUCUACCUCUCCUGAACUCUUCUGCCCGAAAGAUCGCACCAGAGAUGUAGAGGCCAUUUAUCAAGUCAUCCAGAGUGCAAAGACAUUUAUCUUCAUAUCCGUGACGGACUACCUCCCUCUGGUAAACAGGAGCUUCAGAGGAACCUCAGUCACCAGGUAUUGGUCACCUAUCGAUGAAGUGAUCAGAGAGGCUGUGGUACUGAGAGGAGUCAGAGUUUGCCUGCUGAUAAGCUUCUGGAAGAAGACUCACCCCCUCACCUUUAACUUUGUCACCUCCCUCAAGUCACUCUGCAUGCAUCUCCACAACUGUUCACUAGAGGUGAAGUUUUUUAGUCACAGAGAGCAAAAGGAUGACAUUCAACAUGGACUCAACCACAACAAGUACAUGGUGACCGACAAUGCUGUCUACAUUGGGAACCACGACUGGGUUGGUAGUGACUUUGCCAUUAAUGCAGGAGUUGGGCUGGUGCUCAAGAUGAAAAAUAGUCUUACCGACGGGGGAGUGACCAUCCUGGAGCAAGUCAAGGCUGCUUUUGAAAGAGACUGGAGGUCACGUUACGCUAAGAGCCUGCAAGGAAGCAAAGAUCAACAGGGCAAAUACAGAAAGCUGCGCCACGCGAAAACUCAUAAGGAGACUAAGGAGGAGAACAAAUGGAACAACCCUUUAUCUUUAUAA